CGAACGCCGAAGCAUAUCCCCAAGCACUUGAUAUUGGACUAAGAAUAAUACGGACAUAGCCUUGUCUCCAUGUACAGUAACAUGGGCUCUGCGUGAAUUCAAACUCUUCUCUUCCGCAUCUUCCUGCACACUGUGUGAAGAGAUGAGUCCGCCAGCAAUGUACCCUCUUCAAUUACCUUCUAGCUCCUCCAGUCCUUUGCUUACCAUCACGCGUCCUUCACCAGUGACAUGGCAGAUCGAACUUCAUAAUGGCGAGGACAAUCGUCUGACUCGUGAUGUCAUUCAAAGUGCCUUCAAGCCAGCGCUGGACAUCGUCGAGCGAGAGUGGCGUCAAAGCUGGCACGCAUUGCAGAGCAAGCCCAAAGGCACGAAGAAUGCGGAAGACAAGAAUGCUGUGGAUGGGCAGGGAGCUUUGAUCAUAGUGGGAAAGAGGGGCCAGGAUAAAUUCUUCAGCAAUGGAUUUGACUACCAGAGCGUCGUCUCUGAUCCGAAUUGGUUCCCUCAUACCUUCGAUCCUCUGCUCCUUCGGCUGUUGACAUUUCCCAUACCGACCGUUUGUGCGAUCAACGGCCACUGCUUCGCAGCUGGCUUCAUCAUCGCUCUUGCCUGCGACUACCGCGUCAUGACCGACGGCGCGAAGCGUAACGCUUGGAUUUGCAUGAAUGAGGUGCACUUUGGCGCCCCGUGGCCCACUUCUUUCGCCUACCUUCUUCGCGCCAAAAUCUCCGCAAUGCCCACUCAUCGCAAGAUUGCUCAAGAGGGCCACCGCUUCACACCCUCAGAAGCUCUACAGUCUGGCAUAAUUGACGAAGUUGUUCCGGGCGGUACGGAAGCUGUCUUGUCCUCCGCUCUCAAGAUGGCAGAGGCGAAGGCUAGCACGGCAAAGGGUGGUGUCUGGGGCCUCAUUGAGACGGAGGUGUAUAGGGAUGUGAUUGAAGGGACAAAGAAGGAGGUCAGGAUGGUCACGCUCGCGAUGGACGAUGCUGCCGCCAAGGCCCGCUUGUGAUCGCAUUUUCCUCCGGUCUGUGAGCUUUGUGUCCUGUAUAGUAUCCUCCGCAUGAGUUUUCCAUCAGCAUCUGCAUGCACCGUGACUGCUCUACGCAUCGUACUGAAUAUCGAGCGCAUGGCGGCAAACUCAGCCUUUGUUCAACCAUAGCAAA